AGAAAAAGAGGUUGUCUUCAUCCCCCGAAAAAGAGAAGGAUAAACAUGAAAUUUGAGCUUGUCUUCAUCCCCUAUCCUGGAAUCGGUCAUCUCCGAUCAACGGUGGAGAUGGCAAAGCUACUAGUGGACCGUGAAACCAGUCUCUCUAUCUCCGUAAUCAUCCUUCCUUUCAUUUCCGGAGGCGAAGUCGGUGCUUCAGAUUACAUUGCAGCCCUCUCUGUCUCAUCAAACGACCGCCUCCGCUAUGAAGUCAUCUCUGCAGAAGAUCAACCAACCGCAGAGAUGACGACUAUUGAAGUCCAUAUCAAGAACCAGGUGCCAAAGGUGAGACACGCCGUUGAAAAACUCGUCGAAGACUACUCUACUAAACCGGACUCGCCGAAGAUCGCUGGAAUCGUCCUCGACAUGUUUUGCACUUCCAUGGUAGAUGUGGCGAACGAGUUUGGUUUCCCGAGUUAUAUGUUUUACACGUCGAGUGCUGGGAUUCUCUCACUUGGAUAUCAUGUUCAGAUGUUGUACGAUGAGAACAAGUACGAUGUUAGUGAAAGUGAUUAUGCCGACUCAGAAGCUGUGUUGGACGUUCCGAGUUUAACUCGUCCUUAUCCGGUGAAGUGUCUUCCUCACGCUCUAACAUCUAAAAUGUGGCUCCCGAUGUUUGUAAAUCAAGCGAGAAAGUUUAGAGAGAUGAAAGGUAUUUUGGUAAAUACUGUUGCUGAGCUUGAACCUCAUGUGUUGAAGUUUCUUUCUAGUAGUGAUACUCCUCCUGUUUAUCCUGUUGGACCAUUGUUGCAUCUCGAGAACCAAGUUGAUGAGUCCAAGGAUGAGAAACGAUUGGAGAUUUUACGGUGGUUAGAUGAGCAACCACCUAAUUCGGUUGUGUUUCUAUGCUUUGGGAGCAUGGGAGGGUUCAAUGAGGAACAAGUAAGAGAAAUCGCAACCGCGCUAGAGCGAAGUGGCCACCCGUUUCUCUGGUCUCUCCGUCGCGCAUCUCCGAAUAUAUUUAAAGAACCUCCAAGAGAGUUUACAAAUCUAGAGGAAGUUCUACCGGAAGGAUUCUUUGAUCGGACAAAAGAUAUAGGAAAAGUGAUUGGAUGGGCUCCACAGGUGGCCGUGCUUGCGAAUCCGGCGGUUGGAGGUUUCGUCACUCACUGUGGAUGGAAUUCGACGCUAGAGAGUCUUUGGUUUGGUGUUCCAACAGCUGCAUGGCCAUUAUACGCAGAACAGAAGUUCAACGCUUUCUUGAUGGUGGAGGAGCUUGGAUUGGCGGUGGAGAUAAGGAAGUAUUGGCGAGGUGAUCAUUUAGCGGGAGUGCCGACGGUUACGGUGACGGCGGAUGAGAUAGAGAAAGCAAUCAUGUGUCUAAUGGAGCAAGAUAGUGACGUGAGGAAAAGAGUGAAGGAGAUGAGUGAGAAAUGCCACGUGGCUUUAAUGGACGGUGGAUCGUCGCGGAUUGGGUUGCAAAAGUUUAUUGAAGACGUUACGAAGAAUAUCGUUUCACUAGAUAAGGAAUUUGAGCCGGUACGCUCUUAAAUGAUAGGCUCAAAUAGAAGGCCAAAUAAAGUUUAAAAUAUCAA